AUGGCAAGGCGUGUUUUUGUCAGUGUUUCGAAAAACAGCCCUCUGUUCAAUGCCGCUUGGGAAGACCCUGAAUCGGUUGUCGCGGAUGCGCUCCACCUAGUCCAACGUCACGGCUUGGUUCCAAGUGGUAUUGCUCCAGCCUCUCGGCUCCUUGCUGUAGAGCGGUGGAACAGGAUUCACCUCGUCUUCGACAUCAGUCAUGGCGCUUACGAUGCUGAGACUGCUCAUCUCCCAAGCGAGAACAACUUGACGGUUCUCGCGGUCCAUUUCAGCGGGAAAGGCAACAAUGGUACUGAGAGUGCUAGAAUGGCACCCGGAAAGUUGGCGGAUGAAGUCAACAGAGAAAUUCAGGAGAUUCACGACUUGACGGGGUUCGGAAGCCAGCCACCUUUCAUCAUCGACCAUGCGAAUGGGAAGGUCCCAGUCUACCCAAACCCUCGAACGAUGAAAAUGACUUAG